AUGGUGAACUUGAAGAAGCAAAUGUGGCAACCUGAAGGGUUUGCAAAGGAGGGGAAACAACAUAUGGACACUAAGGAGCUACUUUCAAACAAUUUUGAGAUGAAGGAUUUCGGAGAAGCUACUUUUGUAAAGGUUCCAUUAUUAGCUAAGGGAGAUUUGAAGAAGAAGAACUGCCCCAAGAAUAAAGAAGAAGAAGCUGAGUUGAGGAAUAAGCCGUAUGCUUCUCUAAUUAGAAGCAUUAUGUACUCACAAGUAUGUGCAAGGCUAGACAUAGCCUUGUGCAUCAGCAAAAUGUGGAAGUUUCAGUUAAAUCCGAGAAUGCAACAUUGGAUAGCUGGAAAGAAGAUUCUAGGGUACUUAUUGAGAACAAAGGUUUACAUGUUGAUUUACAAACGCACAGAGAAUUUGGAGCUUGUUGAUUAUGUUGAUGCGAAUCAUGGAAAAGUAAAGGAUGAUUACAUCUCUACUUCAAGUUUUCUUUUCAAGAUGUAUCAGCUCAGCACAAAAAAUAUGAGAGAAUGUGAAUUGGAUAAGUAUGAGAGUUAUAGCUGCUCACGUCUUGUAUACCGUUUAGCAGAGCAAUUCAAAUUCGCCAGCAAUUGA